AAGGUUAGAGCUCAGAGUAAACUCAGUGAAGUCGCAUUCUCGUUUCUGCCUCGCAGCUGGCAAAAGCUGACUUUCUAGAGGCCUCCAUUCCCUCGAAUAGUGGAUUCGAUUCGGAGGCCCAUCUGCAAAAGUUCCUUCCCCCCUAGGAUUGGUUUGGUUUUCCCCGAUUUUCUUCGGAGGAACCGUUUUGUUUUUCACAAAUUAAGUUGUUUGCCAGUUAGCCGAGGCCCCAAAUCGUCGUUCCACUCAAUCGAACAUCACGACGUAGUCGUCGCGAGCCGUGAUUUCAGUAAAAGUGCAGGAAAAAUUUUCACACUCGCGUGGUCACCCUCAGAAGUGAAGGUGAGAAAAAGCGUGUCGAAGUCGUGCAAAAGUGCAACCGGAGUGAAAGAUUGGAAAAAUUUUCCCACCCUCGGGAAGGAGGUUCAUUUCCUGCCAAUUAAUCAGGGCUCCAUUCUACCUUACUUAGAAGAUAGUGGUGGGGUCAAAACAUGGCGCUCCACCCCACAGGAAAGCAAUAAAAGGUGGCUCGAUUAUCCAAAAAUAACUCGAAAAAAAAAACGCAAGGAAACGGCAGCAGCAAAUAGCUAUAGGUCGAAGCAGCCAGUGAGCAAAUAUAAUCAAACCCGUAGCAAGCGAAACUAAGCAACCAUGUCGUCGAUGGAAAACGAUAGCAACGCACCAGUCGAUCCAAGAGUGCAGAUCGAACUGGAAAAGCUAAACGAAGCCACGGACAGCAUCAACAAGUAUGAAGUCGAACUGGAUGAAGCCAAAAACGAGUUCCGCGAGCUGCUCAGGGAGAGCGCCGAGAAGAUCAAGGCCGUCGCCAAGAAGCUCGGCAACUCGAUCGAAACGGCCAAACCGUACUACGAGGCGCGCCUGUACGCCUCGCAGCUGGCCAAGGAGACGCAGCAAUCGGCGCUGAACUACGACAAGGCCAAGUCGGUGCACGCGGCCGCCAAAGAGAUGGUGUUCCUAGCGGAGCAGGGCCUGGGCGAGAAGUCCACCCUGGAUACCGCCUGCCAGGAGAUGUUGACGCACGCGACGACCCGGGUGAACGAGUCGCAGAACGAGUGCACCGAGAUGCGCAACGUGCUGAGGAUCAGCGAGCUGAAGCUGGAGGUGGCGAACAAUCGGGUGGCCAAGCUGCACUCGCAGCUGAAGGGGGCGAUCCGGGCAUCUAGCUUGGAUGUUCGCAGGAAUCUGCUAAUGAUGAAUUUGCUUGUUUAUCAGAAUGAGUUGUUGUUUUUGCCCUAUUACGAACUUCGAGCCAACUACAACGCUCUACUUCUAGAACAGAAGCAGAAGGUCGUAGACCUGGAAGCCAAGGUGUCCGAGGCGAAGAUGAGCUACAACGAGGCUCUCACGCGCUUAGAGAAGAUCUCCGAGGAGAUUCACCAGCAGCGCAAGGCCCGUGCCAGCAGUAUCGACGAGGACGCCUCCUCUUCAUCUUCGUCGACGAAUCACCCGCGAACUCAACAGCUAGGUCUAGGCGGUAUGCAUUUGCCCUUCAGUAAAUCCCCGUCGGCGGCGCGGAUCGAGAGCAGUGAUGAGUACCUGGAGUUCCCGGCCAAGCUCGGGCUGAAGUCCAGCCCGAUAAAGCCCAAGUAUCUGGACAAGCUGGAUUGUCCGCACCUGUUGAAAGACUUCGCCCGGAAGCCUAGUCCAGGAGGGGAGAGCGAUUCGGACAACAACUAUCUGUUCUCGCCAAAUCGGACCAUCGAUGACAUCACCAACAUGUCGUCGGAGGAUAUCGAGCAGUGGACGGAGAUUCGGUUGUCCAACUCGAAUAGCAGCAGUUCUGGGUACUCGCAGCACAAUUCGCUAGCAUUGGAGGACGACCACAAUGGGCUGGUGGCGGAUCUGAUCUCCGAUACUACGGAUACAGAUUCCGAUGAUAGCCAUUCGGGACCCAGGGUCAAAGCGCGCAUAAUCAAGAUGGAGAUCUACGACGACAGCGCCAACCAGAACACGCGGAAAAGCGAAGGCAUCACCGGAUGGAUCGCGAGCCGUUCCAUCGGUCGAUCAGCUUCGAUCUCGAUAACCGGCUGCGCCCCGACCCCGGGCUCUACCAGUAGUAAAGAAACCGCUACCACCCCCACGGGAUCCGGUUCCGGCCGGAGGCAGAGCUUGGACAUCAUCAUCGACACGAGCGAUCGGGUCAAGGAUGCCUUCACCCAGGGUAUCCAACGAAUUGGGCGUUCGCUGGAGCGACGGAACUCCGAAUCGGAAGUGGUCCGGGAUGGGAGCGAUGGGUUGACGGGGGUCGGGAAUGGGGGCAAUGGGUCCGGUUCCGGGACCGGCUCCGGUACGGGGAGUGAUUUUUUUCUCUUCCAACGCUCGUCGGAUCCUGCACGGGAUGGUCUCUCGGAUGAACAGGUUGAGAACCUACUUCUAGGCCAGGACUGUUCGGAUUUGUUCCAGAAUGUGGUCAACCUGUCGAAGUAAGGGCCGGGCACCGAACGAGCGUGGGACUGGAUUAACUGUGAUUCGAACCAACGGUGAUGAGGCGAUGAUUUUACACUUAUUAAGCAAUUAUUCACACGUAGGAAAGUAUUAUUUUAACCUAUUCGGUAGGCUAAUCGAAUACCAAUUGCUGUGAAAUUUGAAAACCAAGCAACACUGUAAGUAUGCAAAAAUCCAAUUUGAAACAAAAGUAUUGUUAAAGAAGAGGGAAACAAAGGAACCGGAAACGGAUGAAGCGACAACAUCGUAGGAACCUCUGAUAUUCCAUUUAUCAAAUUUCGAAGCGAUCACAGCAAUCUUUGCAAACUUAUGAUGAACCAUAUCAAAGUGGAACGACGGAACAUUUUUUCUAACCUAAAAAAAUCUUAGAACACUAAUCGGCUAUCCCAUUUCAAAGCAUUGUAUCGAACGAUAUUAUCGCUUCAUCGUUUCCGAGCACUGUUCCCUAUAAUUGUUGUUGAUACAAAACAAAACAAAAACUAAACCAAAACAAACUAGUCUUAGAGCAUCAAUUAGUAUCAACUGAAAGCGCUUGGAAAUCGCAAUUUUGGAGGGGGAAAUGUCCCCCCUCAGCAUUAGAGAAU